AACAGUAAUGGCGGAAGUCCCACCCCUCUACUUCUGUCAUUCUCCUAGGAACUGGCCAAUCAGAAUCUACUCCUGCCUACGUCACAGCCAAUGGGCUGGCUCUCUUCUCUUCUCGAAAACAUGUCGCCCAUGAAGUUGUGUGUUCCAGGUGACAAACUGUGCAGCGUGGAGGACUGCAUCCCGGGCACCGGAGUCUACCUCCGGCACGGAUACAUUUACUCCUCACUCGCUGGAUACGUGCUCCGGAAAAACGAGGGGGAGGAGCUCCCUGUGAUCUCGGUGGUGCGGGAAACAGAGGCGCAGCUGCUCCCUGACGUAGGAGCAAUAGUCACCUGCAAGGUGACCAGCAUCAACCCCCGGUUCGCCAAAGUCCACAUCCUCUACGUGGGCUCCACACCCCUGAAGGACCGCUUCAGGGGGACCAUCAGAAAAGAAGACGUCCGCGCCACAGAAAAGGACAAGGUGGAGACGUACAAAAGCUUCAGACCCGGGGACAUCGUGUUGGCCAAAGUUAUUUCCCUGGGCGACGUUCAGUCCAACUACCUGCUGACGACGGCGGAGAACGAGCUGGGAGUGGUGGUGGCUCACAGCGAGGCAGGUGCCCAGAUGGUUCCCAUCAGCUGGUGUGAGAUGCAGUGCCCCCUCACGCACGCCAAGGAGUUCCGGAAAGUGGCGCGAGUUCAGCCGGAGUACCUCGACGCCUGAACGCCCCGCAGCUCCUGGAACACACAACUUCUCCCAAACCCCCCAACGGCUACUCCUGUCGUCUGUCUUUAAGCUUCCCUCAAUUACUCAGCUCUCUUUGUGCUGGUUGAAAAGAGAGACCAAAGAGCAAACAAUUUUAGGCUGAAUGUUUCAUUAUGUUGCAGCUUUUUUUCUUUUUUUUUUUUAAAGUCAAAGCUCCACAAACCAAACACGUAGAUGUUAAAGGCUGCCUUUAGGACUCCCGCUGAGGUCUGUUCUCUCAGGGUGUUAAUUUUAACCACAAAUGUUGAAGGAAUCCUGCUAGAAAAACACCUGAACAGAUUGUUUUCCAGGUGUUCCGCGUCAGGCUUCAGGUCUCUGCUACAUGUGAGGACGCAGAGGACCACAGAGUUUGACCAGCUAAAGGAGCCGGCCUUUUUCAUGGGC